UAGUCUGUAGUAGUCUUAGGCUACAAAAGUCGUGUGAGAGCGACUCCUUCAUCACUCUCACUCAUCUCUGCUUUUUAGCACCAGAGAAAAACUAUGGAGAAGUUCAAAGGCCAACCUCGCCUCCCCAAGUUCGCCGUCCCGAAACGCUACAACAUACGCCUUAAACCGGACCUCUCCGCCUGCAACUUUGCCGGCUUUGUCUCCAUCGACCUAGACAUCGUCGCCGACACCAAUUUCAUCGUCCUCAAUGCCGCCGAACUCUCCGUCGCUAGCGGCUCCGUAUCCUUCACCAACCGAGGCUUCUCUAAGGUAUUGGAGCCUUCAAAAAUUGUUUUGGUUGAAGACGACGAGAUUUUGGUUUUGGAAUUCACUAAGACACUUCCGAUCGGGAUCGGAGUUCUGACAAUCGGGUUUGAAGGAGCUCUGAACGACAAACUGGUGGGGUUCUACAGAAGGUAG